GCAAUCCGAUACGGUUUGAACUAUGAUCGAAAGAAUCUCUUCGAUCGAUAAGAAUGUGUCUACGAAUUACAAAACUUCGAUCGAUCUGUAAAUAGAUAUAUCGCGCACACUUAAAGCUCGAUUCAUAAUAUCGAUUUGAGAUUAAUCAUCAUUCUCGUUCUUUGCACAUUCGAGAAUAAAUAUCUUCUUAAUGUACUUAAUAUUUGGCCGAGGAACUAUCAUUGCUCUCUUACAGCUUUAUAAAAUAUAAUAUCAAAUAUAAUAAACUAUGAAAGAAAACGAGAGAGAGACAGAAAGAGAAAGAGAGAGAGAGAGAGAGAUAGUUGGAAACGUUGGAAAAUCAAAGUACCGUUAAAUUAAUGCAAUAGACCGACAAGUGGAAUAUGAUAUAUCAAACGCUUGCAUCAUUGAGAUAGGCCCCCCGAGCACAGAUGCAGUCAUGCAGUUUAUAAGCUUUCGGUAUUAUCAAGUAUAUUUACCAACAUAACGAACAACAUUUUAUCAGAUGGGAUCAUAUUUUUUUGAAAAUAUUCUUUUCACUCUAUAUAAAUCAAACAGUGGAUAAGAAUGCUCAUCCUUGUAACAUGGUUCUUUUUUUUACAUCAAAUUGCGGCUGAACAAUUUAUGGUAGAAAAAUGGGUUGUGAAUUUAACAACCAAUUCCAUUGGCUUAGCAAUGGAAGAAACAAAGACCGUUCCAUUCUCUGUCAAAACAAAAUAUCCAGGAAAUUUCAGUUUUGAUUAUAUAAGCGAAUCGACCAAUGUUGCAACAAUAAGUGGUGUUAUUAAUCAAAAUGAUAGCAAUCAUUUCUAUGGUAUACUUAAUAUUACCGGUAUCUUUUUGGGUACUACAAAAAUUAAAUUAUAUCUGAUGAAAGAUAAGAACAUAGAAGACAGCAAAGAUAUUCUUUCUGUUACGGUAGUACGUUAUCAACGAACGUUAGAUACGAUAUUUACUGUUAGCGUUGCAAUACUUGUAUCUAUUCUCUAUAUUAAUUUUGGCUGUGCUAUGGAUUGGGAAGUAUGUAAAAGAACAUUAAAGAAACCUAUCGGUCCUGCCAUAGGAUGCUUUUGUCAAUUCUUCUUUAUGCCUUUGUUGAGUUAUGGUAUCGGAUAUUGUUUAUUUCCUGACAAACCUGAACUACAAAUAGGCAUGUUCUUCACAGGGAUAAGUCCAAGUGGUGGAGCAUCAAAUAUUUGGACCGUAUUAUUGGAUGGAAAUUUGAAUCUUUCUAUCACUAUGACUACGAUAUGCACUAUACUUGCUUUUGGGUUUAUGCCAUUUUGGGUAUUUACCCUAGGCAAACGUAUUUUUGAACGCGGAAAUCUUGCCAUACCUUAUAAUCGUAUCGCAAUGUUUGCAGUUGGUCUUAUAAUACCUCUAUUGAUAGGAUUUCUUAUACAAAAGAAAUUACCAAAAUUAUGCAAGUUGAUGAUACGAAUAAUGAAACCAUUUUCAGUAAUUCUUAUAAUAUUUAUCGUUGUAUUUGCUAUCCUUACUAAUCUAUAUUUGUUCAGAUUAUUUUCAUGGCAGAUAGUGGUAGCAGGCAUGGGUUUGCCAUGGUUGGGAUUUAUUUUUGGCAUGUUGGUAUCCUUAAUCUUUAAGCAAUCUCGGCCAGAUAUUAUAGCAAUAGCAAUCGAAACAGGAAUACAAAAUACAGGUGUCUCUAUUUUUUUACUUAGAUUUACUUUAAAGCCACCUGCCGAUGAUUUAACUACAGGUAAGUUGAACCUGAAAAUACACGAUACGAUUGAUUUGCAAUUUUUCAACCAAUUUUCUUUUAUUCUUUUUUUAUUUCUUUUCUUUUUCUUUUUUUUUUUUUUGUUUUUCUUUCUUUCAGUGGUACCAGUGUCAUCCGCCAUAAUGACCCCCAUACCGUUAAUAAUUUUAUAUAUAGUAAAACUAAUAUUUAACUAUAAACGCAAGCUACAAAAGCGUACAACAAAUACUUCCAAAUCUUUAGAAAAUUCUGAAUGUUGUACAGAACCUAUUAACACUGCCCUACAAACUAAUUUGCAUUAAAAAUAAUAUAAUGCGUGCGUUGAUGGCAAUAAAUAUAAUCUUUAUUCACAGUUCAAGAUUGUGACAAUUGCAAUAUUUCUUUUAUAAAAGAUUAUUAUAUAAUAUUAGAUAAAUCUGUAAGAUUCAUUUAUCCAUUUUUCAUUAAGUUCUACUAAAGGUAUACUGUAAUAACAAGAGAAGGGAAAAAAACAUAGUUUUAUCGACAUUUAUAUGAAGAAUGAAAUGUAUUUUAAAUUAUUAAUAAAUCCGAAUAAUGAAA